ACAUGAAUCCAAAUUCAUCCGAGGCCGUUCAUAUGGAUUCACAACUUGGAAAUCAAUCAAAUUCAAAGAAAAAUAUUGUAUGGACAGAGAAAAUGGAUAUUUGCUUAACUGAAACAUUGAGAGAACAAGUGCACAAAGGGCAAAAGCCCGAUCGAAGUUUCUCAUAUCAUGCUUAUCAAGCAACAUGUGCAGAGUUAUAUGCUAAAUGUGGAAUAAAGGUUGAAGUGGAUCAUAUUAAAAACCGAUUGAAGACACUUAAAAAAGAUAUGGGCGCAUUUCAAGACAUGCAGAAUUCUUCUAGUGGAUUUGCAUUUAAUCGAGUGACAAGGAUGAUGGAUGCGGAGCCAAAAGUUUGGGAAGAUUACAUAAAGGUACGUUGA